AUGCUUACUGACAUGCUAAAGGGAAAUAUCCUCAAUGUCAUGCCAAUGUUAGUAAUUGGUGGCUGGAUCAAUUGGGCAUUUUCGGGAUUUUUGACCACAAAAGUGCCGUUUCCGCUUACGCACAGAUUCAAGCCAAUGUUGCAACGUGGCCUGCACGGCCUUGUCUUAGGAUCUGACAACGCUGCUGACCAAACUACCAUGAUGCAAGAACAAGUCAUGGCUCCUACGCAAGCUCCACCAGAUAUGCAGAAAGCUUUCAAGGCCGAGUGGGAAGCGGUGGAGGUUGUUGAACAUAACUGGGCACUUAAAUGUUGUGAAAAAAAACUUGUGUGA